AUGUCUUCAUUCUCCACCUCCAUUACGCCAGCUCAUCAACUGCUUCUCGACCGCAUGUACCUGAUGUUCGGCGAACAAGACACUGCAGCCUUUGACGGCGGUCUUCCCCCUGAGAACCAAGCUCGUCUCGUGGAGUUCAUCGGUCGACUUAUCCACCAAGCCGUCACGGACGCCGUCACUUCCCUGACUGCGGUUUAUGCGGCUCUCGAAUGCCCGAUGCCCACCAUGAUAGCCCAUUGUGAUUCGCCCUUUGCCAUCGCCGUCCCUAGCCCGCCUUCGUCACAGACAAUCGCCGUUGAUACACUUGUUUGUGAAGCGUGCAACCUGGACGAGUUGCGUCGGACAUCAUCCGAGAUCCUGGUAUUGCCGGAGAUGAGUUUCAACGCGUUUGCCGCGUCCCUCUGUGCCCAAGAGAUCCGAGAUAUCGCUAUGAUAUCCAUUGACGAGGAAUUGGAUCUCCUCUCGACAUCCACGGCGGACAAUUCGGGUUCUAUCACCACCAGCGAAAUCCAAGACGUGGGAUUUCCUCCAUACGAACCCGUAUUUCGAUCUCCUCCGCGAGUUUGA